GGUGUAAAGUUAGAUCACCACACUCCUAAUCACUUAUAUAUACAUGUCCUAUGCACUAGUCAUUUUGUGGCAUAAACACGAGGAGAGAGAGAGAGAGAGAGAGAUGGGAAAGCAGGAGCAGAAUAAUGGUGAGGCCGUAAGAUUGUUUGAGACGAGAGAAGCGAGGUUCAGAGGCAUUUAUAGGGUGUUUGCGAGCACAAUAAUGGUGGGGAUAUGCUUGAUAUGGUUUUACAGAUUGAAGAACAUUAUUCCAAGAACUACUGGAUAUCAUGAUGAUCAUCAGCCUGCAGAAGGGAGAAGAUGGGCUUGGAUUGGAAUGUUCAUGGCGGAAGUAGGUUUCGGAUUGUACUGGAUCAUUACUCAAUCUGUUCGAUGGAGUCUCAUUCACUUUUAUCCUUUCAAAGAAAGGCUUUCAAACAGAUAUGAGAACAUGUUACCGGGUAUGGACAUAUUUGUUUGCACCGCGGACCCGAUAAUGGAGCCGCCAACAUUGGUGAUCAACACAGUUUUAUCAGCAAUGUCCUACAAUUAUCCACCUGAGAAGUUGAGUGUUUACGUAUCUGAUGAUGGUGGUUCUGAAUUCACUUUCUAUUCUCUUUUAGAGGCUUCUCAUUUCUCUAAGCGUUGGAUACCUUUUUGCAAAAGGUUUAAUAUUGAACCAAGAGCACCAGAGGCCUACUUUUCCCAACAUUAUUCUUCUUCACUCCAAGAUAACAAAUUUGCUCAGGAAUGGUUGGUUAUUAAGAAAUUGUAUGAAGAUAUGAAAAACCGGAUUGAGUUAGCGGUUGAAGCUGGGAAAGUUCCGGAAGAAGCAAGGAAGCAACACAAAGGAUUCUCAGAAUGGAACCUCAACAUAAAAAAGAAUGAUCAUCAACCAAUUGUGCAGAUUUUAAUCGAUGGAAGGGACACAAGUGAAGUGAACAAUGAAGGAAGCCGCUUGCCAACAUUGGUGUACAUGGCACGAGAAAAAAGACCAAAUUGGCCUCACAACUUCAAAGCUGGAGCUAUGAAUGCCCUGAUAAGGGUAUCAUCAGAGAUAACCAAUGCACCCUUCAUUCUCAACUUGGACUGCGACAUGUACUCGAACAAUGCUGACACAAUCCAAGAGAUAUUAUGCUUUUUUAUGGACGAGAAGAAAGGCGAUGAGUUCGCCUUCGUUCAAUUUCCGCAGUACUAUAACAACACGACCAAGAAUGAUGUUUAUGCUAAUGUUUGUGCUGCAGCUAAUGAGGUUGAGCUUGCUGGAGUGGGUGGAUAUGGUGCAGCUUUGUACUGCGGCACCGGAUGCUUCCAUCGGAGAGAAAGUCUUAGUGGAGAGAAGUAUUCCAAGGGUAAUAGAUUCCAAUGGAACACAGAGGCCAAAAGGAACGAGGGAAAAAGUGUUAAUGAUUUGGAAAAAUCAUCAAAAGUACUUGCUAGUUGUUGCUAUGAGAAGGGUACACAAUGGGGGAAAGAGAUGGGAUUGAUGUAUGGUUGUCCUGUUGAAGAUAUUGUUACUGGAUUGGCAAUCCAAUGCAGGGGAUGGAAAUCAGUUCACUACAAUGCAGAGAGGAAAGCCUUUUUGGGCGUCGCGCCGACAACCCUAGAAGUCAGUCUUGUGCAGCACAAAAGGUGGUCGGAAGGCAUGUCUCAGAUAUUUUUGUCCAAGUAUUGUCCCUUCAUAUAUGGGCAUGGAAGGAUCAAAUUAGGUGCUCAGAUGGGGUACUCCAUAUAUUUGCUGUGGGCUCCAAUUUCCUUGCCAGUUUUGUUUUAUGUGAUUGUUCCUUCUCUUUGCCUGCUCAAAGGAAUUUCUUUAUUCCCGGAGGUGUCAAGUCCAUGGUUCCUGCCCUUCGCUUAUGUUUUCGUAGCAAAGAACGUUUUCAGCGCAUUGGAAGCCAUGAAUUGUGGUAGUACGCUGAAAGGUUGGUGGAACUUGCAGCGAAUGUGGUUGAUUCGAAGGACUAGUUCAUACUUCAUCGCUUUCCUGGACAUCAUCAAGAGGAAAUUAGGCUUAUCCGAAACAACAUUUGCCCUCACUGACAAAGUUGUCACAGAAGAUGUCUCAAAGAGGUAUGAGCAAGAGAUCAUGGAAUUUGGAAGCUCGAGUUUGAUGUUCACCAUAUUGGCAACAUUGGCACUGCUUAACUUGUUCACUUUGGUUGGUGGAAUCAUGAAGAUUCUCAUGGAUUUCGAUUCCAAGGCUCUAGAACAAUUGAUUUUGCAGAUUGUUCUGUGUGGGAUAAUAGUUGUAGUCAAUUUUCCGGUUUACCAAGCGCUCUUCAUCCGCCGCGACAAGGGCUGCAUACCAUCUUCUCUUAUGUUAAAGUCCGUUGUUUUGGCUUCCCUUUUAUGCCUUGUGCCUCUCUAUUAGAAUAUCUCAUUGUAACUUAAACAGUGUGUAAGUGAUAUGUGUUAGCAUUAUAACAUAUUUAAUAGAAUACAGGGAUUGUACUUUCCAAACAUACUUUAUUGCUGCAUAAAAUGUGACAUAAGCUUCCCUGCUUAUGCGCACAGAGCAAGAGAAACACUGUGUUAAGGUCCUCGUUAUAAUUUUACUUUUACCUAUAA